CCCCACGUACCUAAUUUACCUUACCUUACCUUACCUUACCUUACCUUUUGCAUUGGAUCUUGACUCGCGAAAUAUCAACAUUUCCAGGGCAUAUACACACGACACGUAAAUUUACUGAGGUUGCUCUAUUUCAUUGACAACAACCACAACGCUUUGCCACUCCGAGCCUGUCUCUUGCCUGGUGCCGGAAGCUACACCGAAUCGGUUUACUCUACUCCUCACAAUCAACCAGCCCUGCUGUACCUUGCCUGAUCUUUGUCGGCGCAAUUCUCAAUUCGAGGAGGUGCUAACAAACACCCUGGUCUGCUACACAUCGAAGCUGGAACCUCAGUCUCCACACCUCACCAGCCAGCCAGCCAGCCAGCCAGCCAUCCAUCCUCUUCUACCACUCCUCCCUUCAGCAAGGAGCCAGCUUCUCCCGAAGAUCUGGCACUGGCACCCGCGCGUCGUUACCUCGCGCUUCAGUCCCUCGACUGCAGCUGCCGUGCGUGCAUGCAAGGUCAAAUAUCACGGUGUAUCCUUUAUUUCCUAUCAUCUUACUCCACAGGCCCAGUCCAGGUCGCUGUGACUCGCCAUCCAGUUCCAGUUUGUCACAACGUUUGUCGUCGGCGUUCCCAAAGGAGCUGCACGUCACUCACUCAGCCGCGGCAAGAACUCGGUGUAACCCUGUCUUGCUCGAGUCUGCUCUGCUGCGCGGGCCAACCUGACAUUCAUGAAGCCAGAGCCAAAAUCGAUCUUCACGUCUGAGAGAGAUUUCACCAGUCAAGCAAUCCGCGAGCGGAUAACCCCUUCUUCGAACCCGAGCACAGCUUCUCACAUCGCGGCGCCUACAUAUGAGCAGGGAAUAAUCAGGGAGGAGGCCCAGCCUGUCUGCCCAGAAGACGACCCCUCGACGUCUAGCCAGAGAGAGUCUGCAGAGUUGAGAAGCGGACACAGAGGCCGUCUACCAUCUCUCAAACUCGCUGAAAUACACGCUCAAGCAUCAUCAAACGAUACACCAGGUAUUAAGUCGCCUAACCCAAUACAAGACUAUUCCUCUCCGCGGACGGCCCUAUUACCACGAGAAAUACCGCAUGCCUCAAAACAUCCAAGGGUGGAGGAUAAAGGUUCAAGGCCAGCUUCUGCAGAGCGGCCGCAGAAAAGGAACCGACCCAAGUUUAUAAACGCACGCCAACAUACCCUUGAUUCGGAAAGUUUUCAAACAGUGGUAUCUAGGAAGGUACAGGGUUCUCCACCUUCACCUCUAUUCUUUUCGUCGCAACAUUCCAGAAAACGCCCGUUACUUCCUCCAAGCUUCUCCAGCGCCGACGCUGCAGCAGCUAUGCUGAAUAGAGCUCGAGAUGAGCCUGGAGGGGUUACAACACUGAAACUUGCUCGAGGAAGCCUCAGCAAUUCAAGCCCCCCUCGUGCUUCAAGUACGCCUGGGGUAUCUAGUGAAAGAAGCAGCGUAUCCCAGAGUCCCAACUGGAAGAUGAAGUCCUCAGCGGGAAUGCAAACAUUAGAGAGCGUUGGGGUCGUUGAAAUCCUGGAGCAAGACGAGAGGCCUACAUUCAUUAUCGAUCUGGCAAAUACAACAAAUUUUACACCAGGUAGCCCGUUGCAACUAGUUUUUGCAAAUGCCGCACUUCGGGCGUAUGAAUCUAUCUUGGAAAUGGUCACGGGCAAAGCAGACUUAGACAGCCCUGGUGUAGCCGUGACGAACGAUUUCCCUGAAUUUAAGGCAUGGGCAUUGAGUUAUGUCAAGAAUAGUGAGAGUAUGGAUGUUUGCCUACCCUCGAUGAAGUAUGGAGGCUUCACAUGGAAUUGCAGCACACUACGGAAACGUUUACGUCUCAUUAGUGGGAGCAAUAACACCAGCAACCCCGCGAUACCGUCAGGAAGCAGUUCAAAUGGAGCCUUAAGCGGCUCAUCUACGUUGAGUGAGCGGCUACGGGGAUCAACCAUCACCCGUCUUCCUCGAUCGCCUCUGGUCCAGUCGACUGAGCCUUCAGAUUACUUUGGCGAUGCUGUUCCAGCUGCGAAUUCUGGAGCAAGUACACCGGCUCGGCAGGAAAUCUCAGAUUCUGUAGAAGUGAACAAAAAUGGCGUGGUCGAAUCGCCUCCAAGACAGGCAAUGCUCGCUUACCAAAGCGAAGAUUUGACGAGCGAAAUGAUGCGCAUCCGAUAUCCUGAGAGCUCCUCCUUCGACUGGACAAGAAUUCCAUUAUCUGCGGCCCUCCCCAGACAUGUUCAAUUUGCUCGGUCUAUUAAUUGGUCUGCAACAGCCCUUGGUCCAAUUCAGAGUUGGGCAUUUGAUUUGAGAGCGAUGUGCAAUCUCAUCAUGGGUUCUCCGCAUCCAGCUGCGAUGUACUGGGGUGAUGAAUACAUUGCUAUUUACAAUGAGGCAUAUAUCCUACUAGCUGGACAGAAACAUCCUCAAUUAAUGGGUCAAAGUUACAAAUCUGCAUGGGCCGAGAUCUGGCCAGAAAUUGAAGGAGUCUUUGAUAAUGCAAAGAAUUCAGGCCAAUCGACAAUGAAAGACGAUGACUGUUUAUUUAUCAAAAGAAAUGGGUUCCUAGAAGAGUCCUACUUUUCAUGGUCAAUCAUUCCUCUGGUCGGCGAGGAUGGCACAGUAGUUGGGCUUUACAAUCCUGCUUUCGAAAAAACCCGGCGCAAGAUUGCUGAAAGACGAAUGUUGACGCUGAGGGAAGUUGGAGAGAAAACUGCCACCGCUCGUGAGGUGAAAAGCUUCUGGGGCCAAGUCAUCAAGGGACUUGAGUACAAUGAGUAUGAUGUGCCGUUUGUAUUUCUUUACUCAGUGAGUGAAGACACCGACAGCGACUUAAGCUCUAUGCAUUCUGGUUCACUGGCCCAAGCGCCUCAGUGUAUCCUGGAAGGCACUUUAGGAGUUCCUGCGGAUCAUAAAGCAGUCAUCAGUCCGCUCGAUUUGAAGGCUAGCGACGAGAGCUUCGCCCCGUAUUUACGAGAAUCGAUGAGAUAUAACAAGACAAUUCUGUUAACAACGGAAGACGGCACUUUGUCUUCCGAUCUGAUCGAUGGUCUCGAAUGGCGAGGCUUUGGAGACCCUUGCCGAGCAGCUGUCGUUUGUCCCAUCCAUCCUACUACUGGGGAAACAAUCCUCGGAUUCCUAGUGAUGGGCAUAAAUCCUCGGCGGCCAUAUGAUGACGACUACAGUCUAUUCAUCCAACUCCUAGGCCGGCAAUUGGCGACGUCCAUGGCGUCCGUUGUUCUUUUCGAGGAGGAGAUUAGACGUGGUCAACGUGCUGCUCAACUCGCCGCGCUUGACCGCCAAGAACUCUCGAAACAGCUUGACUUGCGGACUCGAGAAGCUGUAGAGAGUGAGACAAGAUUCACACGCAUGGCAGAGUUUGCGCCUGUGGGGAUGUUCAUCGCGGAUGGAUCCGGUGCUAUAACUUUCAGCAACGAUACCUGGUGGGAAAUAACGAGACACCCAAGAGGGGUUAACAGCGCAAAUACUUGGAUGGACAGCAUAAAGGAUGAAGAUCGUGCCGGAGUUCAAGCCAUCUGGAAUAAACUAGUCAGCAAGAAGACAGUCGUCACCCACGAGUUCCGCUUCAAAACCCCGUGGCAAGAUCGAAAUGGCAACCGAAGCGAUACGUGGGUUCUGAUGAGCGCUUAUCCUGAGAAGGACCAAGAUGGCAAGUUGAAGAGCGUGUUUGGUAGUAUCACGAAUAUCAGCCAACAGAAGUGGGCCGAAGAUUUCCAAAAGAGAAGGAUGGAGGAGGCUAUUGAAAUGAAGCGCCAACAGGAGAACUUUAUCGACAUGACCUCUCAUGAGAUGCGGAAUCCACUUUCGGCUAUUCUUCAAUGCAGCGACGAAAUCACUACUUCGCUUAUGGACCUCAAGGCCAGUGAUGAAGCUUCUAAAUCAUCCGAGAAGCUCUUGGAUACUCUGGAGAACAGUAUUGAUGCUUCUCAAACAAUUGCACUCUGUGCUCAACAUCAGAAACGUAUCGUUGACGACAUUUUAACUCUAUCCAAACUUGAUUCGGCCCUUUUGGUCGUGACUCCAGUCUCAGUACAACCUGUUGCUGUGGUCCAGAGAGCCUUGAAGAUGUUCGAAGGAGAGCUGGAUACUAAUGACAUCGCCAUGGAGUUUAUGAUGGAGACGUCUUAUCUGGAUCUGCAAGUUGACUGGGUCAAAUUAGACCCUUCCCGGUUGCUACAAGUUCUGAUCAACUUAACUACGAAUGCUAUCAAGUUCACCCACGGCCAGAACAAGCGAACCAUCAUCGUUAGUGUUGGUGCUAGCAAGGAACGUCCUGUUGGCGAGAGUUCAGACGUUUCCUAUUUUCCAAGUCGUUCAAAACGGAAAGAUCUGAUUACAGAAGAUGCGGAAUGGGGAACUGGUGACGAGAUAUACCUUCACUUUGCUGUUCAGGACACAGGACGAGGAUUAGAUGAAAAGGAGAAGACGCUACUCUUCCAGCGGUUCAGUCAAGCUUCUCCUCGUACCCACGUACAAUAUGGUGGCUCAGGUCUCGGACUCUUCAUUUCGAGAGAACUGACUGAACUACAAGGAGGCGAGAUUGGCGUAUCAUCGGAACGUGGGGUAGGCAGCACCUUCGCUUUCUAUAUCAAAGCACGCAAAGUCGACGGCUUUGCAGAAGAUACACCAAUAUCCACGACGAUCAAUGCUCUUCGGAGAAACUCGUCCAAUUCUGCUGUUACGAUCGAGAGCAGGAAGAACUCUUCCGGUAAAGCAAUCCACCGAUCUCAUACCACAGGUCAUCGACGUCGUUCAACAGUCACUCCGCCAAUUUCAUCGCCGCCACCACAGCCAGUUACUGGAAUUACAAUGGAUCAUUCUAAGCUGAAGAUUCUCAUUGUCGAAGACAAUCUGGUCAAUCAGAAAGUCCUCCAGAAAUCACUCAAAAAUCAAGGAUUCAUGACUGAGCUUGCCAAUCAUGGCGGCGAAGCUCUCGAGAUUCUCAAGACGUCGAACUACUGGACUGGUCGAGAGAAGGAUGGGAUGGAAUUGGCAGUCAUCUUGAUGGAUCUUGAGAUGCCAGUGAUGGAUGGCCUCACAUGCACUCGGCAAAUCAGAGGUUACGAAGCAGACGGAACUAUCGUAAAACAUGUGCCAAUCAUAGCAGUGACGGCAAACGCACGUCUGGAACAAAUCGAUACGGCGCUUGCUGCUGGGAUGGACAAUGUUGUUUCGAAACCAUUUCAAAUCCCACAAUUGAUACCCAAGAUCUACGAACUCGUGACUAGAAACAAAUCGACAGAGGACCCGUCUCAGACGGCUCAUACAGAAACAGAGGCAGGACCAUCAUAGACCUGGAGAGGAUGGCAUGUACAGUAGAUGAGGAAUAGAUGACAGAGGAGCAUGGAGAACUGCAUGGAGUUGAGGGCGUUGCAUUUGGGUAAAAGUCACAGAAGGAUAUAUAUACCAUUGUUGGCUGGGGCAUGCGCGGGCGGGCGCGCGGGUUUUUGGAUGUACUGCAUAAGCGGGGUCGUGCUUGCGGAAUACAGAACAAGCUUCUAGGCUUUUGAUGAGGUGAGAUGAGUUAAUGAGGGAGAUUUGUAGAUAUGAUAUGAUACGAAAGAUCAAGAUGAAUGAUAAUGUGACGGUGGCACGAGUCGCCGUCGAGAAUUUAGGAAAAGAAAUGAAACUCGUGCUGUGGCUGUAGCUGCCUGAAUGAAGGAGCGACUUUUGGAGAGCUGAGCUGCAACUGCUCAGUCCUGAACCAAAUCCCACAGGUCCGAUCCAAGUACAAUACGAGCGAGUGCUCUGAUCCUUGGGGGCUGUGACCCUCUCCCGGAAAGCAUACAUCAUCAUGUACCACAUCGCAUCGCAUUGCACGCCGUAGUACAGUACAUUACAAUUCAAUUUCUUUUCCAAAUUAUCUCAUCGCCAUCGUGCCAGCACUCACUCACCCCUCGUGUCAAUUCAAGUCAAGUCAAGUCACAGUAUCCAAGGCAGGUAUAAGAAUAGUAGUACUUUAGAGGUGCAUGUAGAUGAGUGUGCAUUAGCGAUACGAUGCGAUGCACGCGUCGUCUACCUACCCACCCUACCUGGUGUACCGUUCUGGUAAAUUCAUUCCCAAGCGAUGGAGGGGUGGCGAUUUCAUAUCGAGGUGGUUUGCCCCUCGCUGCAGUUCAAUGGAGGAGUGGACUGUAUACGGAGGGACAGGUGCAGAUGCAGGUGCAGGUGGAUGGUUGGAGGUAGGGAGGUGUGGAUUUAUGCAUGCAUGUCAGAUUAUUAUUGUGUGCCCACAUGGAGGGAAGGAGAGGUAUCUCGUCUCGUCUCGCCUUGCCUCCAGGUUGAUAAUACCCGGAUGGCAAAUUGAACCGCCAUGCGCGCGCCCAGAUGGAGGUGACUGCCGAAAAUUAUCUACCGUGCUGGCGGUUCUGGGUUGGUAAGUACUUAUUGUAUUGUAUUGUGUCUGUUGGCUGUUGUUUUGCGUGUCGGGAUAUGCCAUUUGGGCUGAGGUCAGCUCGAUGGAUAUCGCGGACGAAGCUUCUCACUUCUUUUUGCCUUCCACUCCUCGCUUGAUAUCCAAGCAACAGGCGAGUCGCUCAAGUAAAAGUCAAGCCAAAGUCAAGAAGAAAAUGAGACGAGAUGAAAUCGAUAUGAGAUGCCGCUAGUACUUGGCGCUGCGAUUUAACUACUCUCCGUACUUCUGUUCCUGGCGCUGGCGCCAUUGAAUCGUCCCCAAUACAGGGGAAAGCCUGGGAUGGACAUGCACUCGAAUGGAGAGCCUCGAGCUUGUUCGAGUUCUCGGCAUGAUCUUGAGGGGUAGUGAGGUGAUAGCACUAGAAUGUGGUACGGAACAUGUUGGGGCAGGCGCCCGGCAUGCGGCCUGCCUGCCUGAUGCAUGGAGAUGGAGAUGUGAUGCACAUCGCAAGAGGGCCAGAACAGAACAGAAGGGUUUCUCGUGUAAGCAGGUGGAGAGAGCAGAUUCGCAGAUUCCAGUCGAGGGGGCCAAAUCGUGCUAAGCGAGAGC